AUCAACCUGCGUCGUAACAAACGGAAACGUGUGUCGCGCCGUCGACAGGAGCCGUGCUGAUAAAUCAACAAAAAAAUAAACUUUAAGUUAAAUCUAGAGCAAGUGGGACAUUUGAGGCGAUAUGGAUGACGAAGAGGAAACAUACAGACUAUGGAAGAUUCGUAAAACCAUCAUGCAGCUGUGCCAUGAUAGAGGCUACCUGGUGACACAGGACGAGUUGGACCAGACACUGGACGAAUUCAAGAGUCAGUUUGGAGACAAGCCCAGCGAGGGUCGCCCCAGACGCACAGACCUCACUGUGCUGGUGGCACACAACGAUGACCCGACCGACCAGAUGUUUGUUUUCUUUCCUGAGGAGCCCAAGGUGGGAAUCAAGACGAUUAAGAUGUACUGUCAGAGGAUGCAGGAGGAGAACAUCACACGAGCCAUCAUUGUUGUUCAGAUGGGCAUGACACCGUCGGCCAAACAGUCUCUCGUCGACAUGGCACCCAAAUACAUAUUGGAACAGUUUCUACAACAGGAGCUGCUUAUUAACAUCACAGAGCACGAGCUUGUUCCAGAGCACAUUGUCAUGACAAAAGAGGAAGUGACUGAACUUCUGGCAAGAUAUAAAUUGAAGGAAAGUCAGCUGCCUAGGAUCCAGGCCGGGGACCCUGUGGCUCGCUACUUUGGCUUGAAAAGAGGACAGGUGGUAAAGAUCAUCAGACCCAGUGAAACAGCCGGGAGGUACAUCACAUACAGACUGGUGCAGUGACACACAGAUACACUUCUGCAUCAACAUUUAGGACGACCAGUGAAGGACACAGACAACGUUCCAUCUCUCAUCAAUCAUCCAUGGAUUAUUCUUUUGCUUCUGACUUGUGUUUAAAUUAGUUUUCUUGUAUUUACUGAUUUUGUAAAAUAAACUAUUCAAAAAGAA